AGCGAGCGGCACGUGUCGUCCUUUGUGUAAAUUGUAGUCCCCAAAGUGCCUCUGUGACUUAAUGUGUCGCUUUUACGAUUACCAAAAUCACAUUUCCCAAAUAAAGUUGCCGUCAUUCUCGAUCGUAAUGGGUAUAAUUAAGUAUUAGGAAAUUACUUGAAGCAUUUUAAUGAUGGCUUUUCGCACUAGUAGGAUACACGGCCACACCAAAGCAGGGCAAAUGCAUUUCUUAAAAUAUAUUUUCAAAAAGUUUCGAGGUGUCGCUUAGGCUUCAUAUUGAAGCGAACUUUUAAGACAACAGACGCAAGCGAGUAUGACAAACCAUCAUCCCUCUAUCUAAACGCACACAUUUAUAAAACCCACACAUUCUAUAAAAAAAAGCGUUAAUGUCAGUUUUACGAAAGAAUUUUGCGUCCAAUAAUGUUAUAUUUUGGUUAGUUAAGUUACGGGAAGCAGGUGAAAACUGUUACAAAGUUUUUCUCAAGUGUCAAGUUUUCGUCAAAAAAUGUGCAUAAAAUGCGGUUUUAAAUUAUAUUCUGUAAGAAAGUCUACUUAUACAUAAUGUUUAAGUAAAUGUCAAAUGUACGACUCGCCGAUUGCUGUAACGUACGUAUAUGUAUGUACAUGUUUGCCAUGCGAACCCGUUUUUGGUGAAAAUGCUAUGAAUUUGCCAUUGUGAUGAGAGAUUGCAUUGUGGGUGUCAAUAUUAAGUGACGGCCAUAUUUGCCGGUGCCGCUCCGCUGUAAACAAAAAGUGUCUGAGGGAGACAGAGACGCUUCAGUGAAUUUCAGGACAUUUUUAUUUCUUUAAUUUACAAUGUCUCUGGGAAUGUCUUACAAACCCAACCUCCACCAACACAUUCCGGGAACUUCCGUGAACCAGGUUGGAAACGUGCAUUCUCCAUCAACAAGCCUAGCAACGUUACAAGCGUACAGGCCAAUACUGAACGACUACGGACCGCCUUCCUUGGGUUUUACACAGGGUACUAGUGCAAACCAAGUGCCUCAGAGUAAAUAUGCAGAGCUGCUAGCCAUUAUCGAGGAGCUGGGCAAGGAGAUUAGGCCCACAUAUGCAGGGAGCAAAAGUGCCAUGGAGAGACUAAAGCGAGGCAUUAUUCACGCCAGAGGCCUGGUACGGGAGUGCUUGGCAGAGACAGAGAGGAACGCUCGCUCUUAAACACCAGAUCCACCCUGUCAGCAGCCAAUCACAGCCAUCGUGUCAACACAACCCAACCUGCACACCCAAUCAGAGUCAUCCUCUCAACAUACUUCAACCUGAGCACCCAACUGGAGCCCACCUGAAGAACCAACACUUCUCAGAUGUCCUUUCUUCUUACAAGUUAUUUUAUCAGAAGUAAAACAGCAGGGAUGUGGAGCUCUGGCCAAUCACAGGCCAGGAGCAGUGCUGGGUUUCUUUCCUUCCUGCCAGUUAAUUGGCUGACACUGAUUGGCCAGAGUCCAGUGGGCCAGACCGGGGGGGCAGCAGAAUGAGCUGCUCUGACCUGGGGGAGGCAGAAUGAGCUGCACAGGCUACACUGACAGGAACCCCCCGUAAUAUUUCUGUUCCCAUUUGGGAAUAUAUGAUUUUUUUUUUUAUUAUUUUUUUUUAUAAACAUUUUUUGCAUGCUAGGUAGGACUGCCCCACGGAAAAUUCUAGAAACUGCAUGGCUUGUACAGACUCAAAGUGUAGUGAGGGGCGUGUAACAAUGGGCUAGGAUCUUUUUAACACACUAACACAUAGGUGACAAGGACAAAGACCAAAUAUACUGUACCACCAGGCAGAUUUGGAUAAACUUGUAAUAAAGCCAUUAUUUGCAUCUUUGUAUGUAUUUAUUACUCAGUGUAAUAAAGCGUAUUUUCAUUAAA